UGGCGCGAAAUCCGCUCCCGUCGGGCGCUGUGCGGAGACAUCCCGGGGCCACUCUUCGGGGUGUGCGGCCUCAGUCCCUUCCCCGCCAACCUCUGGAGUCCAAGGCCGGUCUUGCCUGCCGUCUUCCUGCUGCGGGGCCGGAAGGGGCGGUGUGGUCGGGAACCCGGGGCCCAAAGGGAAGACAACUCCCUCCAGGCGUGGGGCUUAAGGUGGGCCGACCCGUUCUGGGCGCGUGCGGACUAGGGAAGGGUGUAACUUCCUCUGGGUGAGAAAGGACUGCCCACUCCCACGAGGUACGUCGAGGAGAAGGAAGGUAUGGCCUCCGGGCUUCCGACGGCCUGGUUUCGUGAACCAGUGACCUUUGAAGAUGUGACCUUGGGUUUUACUUCAGACGAAUGGGGACUGCUGGACCUCGAAAAGAAGUCCCUGUACAGGGAGGUGAUGUUGGAGAACUACAGGAACCUGGUCUCAGUGGAACAUCAGCUUUCCAAGCCAGAUGUGGUAUCUCAGUUAGAGGAGGAGGAAGCGCUCUGGUCGGUGGAGAGAGGAAUUCCUCAAGACACCUUUUCAGAGUGUCCUGCGGCUCAGUUGGACCCUCAAGUGGAUCCUCUUCCUGCUGGGAAUCCCCUGAUGAAGAUCGAAGUCGUUGAAGUCCUCACACUGAACCAAGAGGUAGCUCGUCCCCGAAAUGCCCAGAUUCGGGCCCUCUAUGCUGAAGACGAGGGCCUAAGCCCAGAAGUACUUGGGGAGCCCACUCAACAGCUAGGCAAGCAUCCAGCUGACCCUGAGGCUGCACGCCAGAGGUUCCGGGGGUUCUGCUUCGAGGAGGUGGCCGGGCCCCGAGAGGCCCUGGCCCGGUUGCGUGAGCUGUGCCGCCAGUGGCUGCAGCCCGAGGCGCACUCCAAGGAGCAGAUGCUGGAGCUGCUGGUGCUGGAACAGUUCCUGGGUGCGCUGCCCAGGAAGCUCCAGAGGUGGGUGCAGUCACAGCACCCAGAGGACUGUCAGGAGGCAGUGGCCCUGGUGGAGGAUGUAACCUGGAUAUCUGAGGAGGAAGCAUUACCUGCCCAGGACCCCACCUGCUCUCUUGAGACCACAGCUCCUCAGGAAGAGAAGGAGGAGAACAUGACCACCUGGCCGGCAAAGGCGCCACCUGAGGAACCAGUGACCUUCCUCGAUGUGGCUGUGGACUUCAGCAAGGAAGAGUGGGGGCUGCUGGACCCGAUGCAGAGGACCGAGUACCACGACGUGAUGUUAGAAACCUUUGGACACCUGGUGUCUGUGGGGUGGGAGACUACACUGGAAAGUAAAGAGUUAACUCCAAAGUCUGACAUCCCUGAGGAAGAACCAGCCCCUGACCUAAAAAUGGAAGAAUUCUCAAGGGAUGACACCUGGUCCUCUACCUCAAGAGACAUCUUGCAGGGUGGGACCCAGGAAGUCUUGGACACAGCACUGAAGCAAGUGGAGCUCACUCAGGAAGAAACCCUCCCUCAGAAAAGCCCCCAGUCCCAGGCAAACACUGGCCUUGUCACCAGCCCUAUUUCACUCCAGAAAACUCUGCCCAGGAAACGCUUGCGCAAGCGUGGCUCGCGGGUUAAGAAGGUGACGCGUGGUCCAUGUGUAAAAAUUCAUCAGAAGGGCCACAAAGGGGAAAAAGCCAGAGAAAACAGUGGUUGUGGGAGAGCCUUCAGCCGGAGCACUCAGCAGAUUACGUUCACAAGAAUUCACAAAGGGAGCCAAGUUUGCCGAUGCAGUGAAUGUGGCAAAACGUUCCGGAAUCCAAGAUAUUUCUCUGUACAUAAAAAAAUCCACACAGGGGAGAAGCCCUACGUGUGUCAGGACUGCGGGAAGGCGUUUGUUCAGAGCUCCUCCCUCACACAACAUCAGAGAGUCCACACCGGAGAGAGGCCUUUCGAGUGUCACGAGUGUGGGCGGACCUUCAAUGACCGCUCGGCCAUCUCUCAGCACUUGCGGACUCACACCGGAGCCAAGCCCUACCAGUGUCAGGACUGUGGAAAAGCCUUCCGCCAGAGCUCCCAUCUCAUCCGGCACCAGAGAACGCACACGGGGGAGCGCCCCUACAUGUGCAGCAAAUGUGGAAAGGCCUUCACCCAGAGCUCGCACCUCAUUGGGCAUCAGAAGACGCACAGUGGGGUGAAAUGCAAGAAGAAACAGCCUACCUCAUAGCCCUCAAGCUGAGCCGGUUGAAGACACAUGGCCUUUUCAGCCUGAUCCUGCAAUGUAACACGAACGGGCGUGGUUGGCAUUUGGAACUGAAUAUGAAAAGCAGCACUGAGUGAUGACGUUCUCAAGACCAAAGGACAACCAGGGAGACCACCCUGCACACAAGUAAAUGAGAAAACUGGUGGGGAGUUGUUGCUAGUGAAUAUAAGUUGGAAAAACAUUUAAUUUUUCACUCACUUGAUUUGCUGUUAUAAUUUGUUUGCUCAUUUGGUCAUUAAAAGUGAUACUAGUGAAACCUGACCAUGUUUAUAAUGUAAGUUUAAAAAGCCAGGUACCAAAAAGUCUGUGCACUGAUAUUAUAUUUGUGGUAUUUAUGCAUAUGGACAAGGACUAAAAGAGAACAAAGAUAAAUAAACUAUAUAUUUCUGUGA